AUGUUCACUAAAGAACAUUUUAGUAAAAAAUUUGGAACUUGGUCAAGCGGGAAUGUUAACGUUGAUAAGAUUAUCCAAGAAUCGCAGAUAAAUAAUCCUGCACUUAAUCUACAAUGGAUACCUUAUGAAAAUUUUCAUGAUAUCGAACACAUAGCUGAUAGUGAAUAUUACACAUUGCAUUUGGCUAGAUUAAGAAAUGAAAUGAUAGAUUGUGAAGAUGUUUCUUUAAAGGAAUUAAAAGAUUAUAGAUAUGAUAUUUUGGAAUUUAUUAAAGCGAUUAAGAAUAUAGCGAUUGAUAGUUUUUAUUCUUCUUGUAUCGCUAGAUUUUUUGGAAUUUCAAAAAAUCCUUCUACACAAAAUUAUAUUAUUGUUAUGGAAUCAUAUAAUGAUACCAUUCAUGGUUUUUUAUCUGAUACCUUUCUAGAUAUUGAAUGGGGGUCAAAAAUAGAUUUACUAUAUCAAAUAAUAGAAAGUCUUGCUAUUUUACAUGAAAAUAAUUUAGUUCAUUGUGAUUUACAUAGUAGAAAUAUUUCAAUAAAAAAUCGGGAGAUAUAUUCAGUAAGAAUAGAUCCUGGUUUAUAUGCUGAUGAUAAUAGAAAAAUAAUGAAUAAAUCUCAUGAACAAAAAUUAUUUCGAUCUUUAUAUAAUUUUCAUCCUCAGUCCCGUUACAUUAGUAGACACAUUUAUACUCUUUACGAAUUGCAAGAUUCAUUAGAAGAUCUAAAAUCUGGAAAAUGUUCAGAUCUUAAUUUAUAUACUUAUGAUAUGAAUUCUAAUAAUUCAUAA